AUGGAUGAAAAUCCCCAUACUACUUAUGCUGUCUUCGUCCCUUGUGCCGGGGAUGAUGAUGCCAAAGAUUAUUCUACUGCAACCGGAUUCAUUCUACCAUGGCAUAGUCCAGGUCAACGCCGUCAAUGGCAACCCAAGUGGCUCCUCUGCGCCGCUAUUGUUGCUACAGUUCUCUUCUUUGCCGCUUCCACUGUUGGUCUGUACCCGGGCAGUAUCUGUAGCCAGCAGGGAAUAGAGACUGCUUCUAAUGAACACCCCGCCUCGCUGGCUGAUGGUAGUUCUAUCGGCGAAGGUUUUGCCAGAGUACAGGAAUCCUGGGACGAUAUGUCGCCCAUGGAAAUCCCAGGCAACGGAGUUGAUUGUUAG